AUGCCCGUGACGCAGCGCCGUCAGUGCGCAGUGACGGGCUGUGGGAGCGGAGGGACGGCGUCUGGGCCGUGUAAGGCCAGCGCAACGAUAACGUUAAAGACCCCGGUCCAGCCGAGCGGCGAUCGCAGAGUUCCGCCCGCUGGCGCUCUUCACCCGUCCUCGGUUUAAGCCGCCGCCGCCGCCGGCGGCAGAGAGAGAGAUACUGAGACUGAUUGUGAGAGUGCGAGGGGAAGGCGGUGCCGGGCAGGCCUAGGUUCUCACGCCUGACGCCAUUACCCGCGCGGCCGCGGCUCCUCCCAACGAAAAGCCCGAGGGGAAAGGCGGAAGAAGCGGCGGGCCUUGUGUGGCCGCCGCGCAUCAAGGAGCAGUCGGCGGCGGCGGCUUAAACCGAGGACGGGUUAACAUUGGAAAAGAGUUGGUGAGCUGCAGAAAUUAGCACCUGGAGGUAACCGCCCUUCUGCGUGAAUUCUGGGAACCAAGGGAGGCCGUGAAAGGUGUCCCGCCCCCUCGCUCUCGCGUAGGUUUUAGAGGUUUUCUAAACAGGGUUUACCCCAUCUCCCCUCCGAGGAACAAGGGGGGUUGGCAAUCAUAGAUUACCAAUACCCUAUAUAUAAUAUGUAGGUAGGCGUAUUCAGACUCAUAAACAUCGAGGUACCGUGGUUAAUAUAAAAAUCAGGACGACGCCUGAACGCAUCGUUGGAUGUUAUUUUAAAACUGGACGAUUAACGCCAUUUGUUCGGAAGACUCGAUGGGCUUGAAUUUGCGGAAAUAGGACGCAAACUGCGGAUGUUUUUCGCGUGGGAGGCAUGCCAAAGAAAAAAGGACAUGCAGGAUGGUCAAGGCACAACCGAAUUGCACUUCGAGAAGCAACAAGGAGAAGAAGGGCACAAGAGACUCCAUAUGAAAGAGCUGAAAAAAAUGAACGUAAAAAAACUGCACAUCUCAGGAAGCAACAAGAAAGAGAGCGAGACAAAAGGAACGAAGAUCGCCACGAAAGAGCUCGAAACAGAAACAUGCCAAGAAGAGGGAUAAAACGAAAAGCAGCAUUGUCAAGGAACGAUGCAAAGAGACAUCGUGGUGCAGCAAGGAGCAGAAGGGAACAAGAGAUGCAACAAAAAAGAAUUGAACAUCUCAGGGUUCAACAAGAAAGAUUGCGAAACAGAAGGCUUAUUCUUACUCCUGUGCGUGACCAAAAAGUUGAAAAAUUGUGGAAUACAUCUCUUCUAAUUCAGAAAUCAUUACAGGAAAACAGUAAGGAAAAAAUGAGUGCAACAGUUACAGCAUGCAAUUUGAACAGGAGUAGGAACUCUACUAUGAUAGAAGGAGUAUCUAACCAUCCCGAAACAUCCAACUCUCCUCAUGAUUUGUCUCAAGCCACAAAAACUGACAGACCACAGUUCCUUUACACCCCACGGCCUGCACAUAAUCCACAACUCACAUCUGAUCAGAAGAUGAUACUGCAGCCCCUCAGAUGUCCAGGUGCGAAUCUCUUCCAAUACCCAAAUGGCCAGAUUGUCGAACUUGUGCCUCUACCAAACCCUGGACCAGUGAGUCGACCAUAUCUCCACCAAAAGGUCACUCCUGCUGUACGGAAUCCAGGCUCAGGGAGUGGAAAUUGUGUGCCUACCGCAAUAAAAUCUUGUUCGGUGGCUUUAUAUCCCAGCAAUGUCACUCUAUGUCCUAAAGGGAUAAUACCACAAAGAGGAAGACCUCGUUCAACCCCUGUUGUAAAACCAGCCUGCGUUGCUUUGAAGCAAACCUCUAGUCCUCAACCCAUUUCUGCAGUAGCGUCAGAGGUACCUGUUCAAGCUACUUCACAGCCUCCAUUUGUUAAUGGUGUUGGUCAAACUAUCAAUGCUUGGCAUCUUGUUCCCCUUCAACCAGUGGCAUUUGCACUACUGCAGCUUCCUCAAGGACAGAAAAGUGUGUCAAAUACCAUCAUAACUGCUGGAAAGUCAUUGAAGCUUACAAAUCAGUCAUCUGGUUCACAGUUAUUUGAAAAAGCAGGCUAUGAGAAGACUGCCAACCAGAAUAACAAAGCAGAAGAGAAGUUGAUUGAACCUGGGCUGGAAGAGAUUCAUGUUGCCGAUUCUGAGCUUAUUGAGACAACGGUGUCUCGGGGUGUACCAGAUGAGGACCAUGUAAAUGCUGAUCCAUUGCCAGAAGUUAAACAAGAGACUGAUGCAUUUCCUUCCACGCCUUCAGUCAGUGAUGCGGACGAUGAUUCUAUAGACCAUCAAAAUGCAUUAGAACACCCUACUCCAGCAGAAUUGGUUGAUCGUUCACACACUGGUGAAGAACAGAUUGUGGAAGAUGAAAAUGAAAAUUCUGCACUGGAGAAUUCCACAAGCACUGGUAAAGGAAGUUCUGUUGAUAAAGAUUCUUCCAGGUCUAACCAUGAAGUGGUUAAUAAGGAACCAGAGGAAAUGCCCAGUAUGGAGGAGAAAAAUCGGUUGCAUGAUGAGCAGGUGGAAGUGGAGAUGGAAGAUAAAAAAUGUUGGUUUGAAGCAAGUACAUUUAAUGUUCCAGUUAAAAGGGAAGAAGAUAUGCUAAAAAAUCCGGAGAAUGAUGAACUAGACUUUCAUCAAAAAUUACUGCAAUAUGAAAACUUUUGUGACUCUGAUAAAGAGACUGGCCCUCAGAGUAAUCUGGUGAAUGGUGACAGUCAAAGUGAUGCAGAGAAAAUUGACGUUGAGAGAAUGUUCGACUCAACCUCUAGUGAAGCGGCAAUGGACAUCGAGACUGUGGAGGAACUCUCUGAGAAAAUCAAUAUUGCUCUUCUUACUGCUUCUGCAUCUCGUCUUACAAGCAAAUCAAACAUCCCGAAUAUUUAUUCAACAAAUCCAUCCAAUGUUGCACCAUCUGAAUACCAUGAAGAGCCUUUUAAAAUUAUUGUCAAGGAAGAGACUCCAGAUGACUAUGAAUAUAACCAUGCAGCAAACCCAGUAAUCCUUGAUUGUGAUGGACUAAAAUGUAAAGAAGAGAAGGAAUUUUCAGAUUCAGUAGGAUGGGAUGGUGGAACGAAUUGUGAUUUACAAAAUAAAACUAUGAACAAAAGCUACAUUAAUGAAGUGGAUGCAACUUCAUCUGCAGUUAACAAGCAGCCACUAAUCAUUCCUAUGGGAGUAGCUAAAUGCUUCCCAAGUAUUUAUUCAACAAAUCCAUCCAGUGUUGCACCAUCUGAAUACAAUGAAGAGCUUUUUAAAAUUAUUGUCAAGGAAGAGCCUCCAGAUGACUAUGAAUAUAACCAUGCAGCACACCCAGUAAUCCUUGAUUGUGAUGGACUAAAAUGUAAAGAAAAGAAGGAAUUUUUAGAUUCAGAAGGAAGGGAUGGUGGAACUAAUUGUGAUUCACAAAAUAAAACUAUGAACAAAGGCUCCAUCAAUGAAGUAGAUGCAAUUUCAUCUGCAGUUACCAAGCAGCCACUAAUCAGUCCAACAGGAGUAGCUAAAGCAAAAAUGAUGAGGUUGGAAUGUACCAAAGUGCUUGUAGUUUACUUGGAGCCGUGUACUUUUACAAACGGCACCAUAAAAAUAUCUGAACUGCCACAAAAGCUACUGUCUUCUUGUCGGAGGAAAGGGGGACCUAUACCCACUGUUCUCCAGUUCCUCAAUUCUGCAAAAUAUCCUACCCAUUCUCAAGUGGAGAAUGUAGAUUCAAAAUCUGUAUGCUCUGGACCCAAAGAGAGUAGCUCUGCAUCAGAAAAAAACGUGAAUAAAACCAGUACUUCCACAGUUUCAAAUAAUCCAACUGUUUCACAUGGUACGCCCUCUGAGAAAACCUCUGGAGAAGGUUUCAGAUUUCGUAAGAUAAAAUAUACAGAAAAGGCAUUCAAUUCUGGGACCUGGAGAACUCCACAGGAUGCCCUGCAAUCCCACCUUGUUGAACAUGUGUCGGAAGACCCGAGCAAUCCCAUUCAUCCGACAGGGAACUACAUGACAAAUUAUUACCAAAACCAGAUGUACACUUCAGCUUGGUCAUCCAACCUGAAUCGAAGGAAACAGAAUUUUGGUUGGUUACUGGCAGAUCCUCAAGAAAGUGAAGAGAAAAUGGAACGGCUGGAAGAGCAGCUGCUUGAGGACCUUAGUCGUUUAGACCCCAGAGUUAUUUUGCACCCAUUGCUUGAAGGAGCUGGUCUUAAGCCAAAUUCCUUGAUGUCAACAGUCAAUCUGAAACGCUUAGGAGUUGUCAUAUCACCUUCAUCGACUUCAAUUGCAAGAUCUGCUCAAAGAGACAUCUUUGAACUUUCUCCAAUCAAACAAGGCCAAGAACCUUUAGGUGCAAAACCAGAGUACUCCUUAAAAAAUAGUUCUGUUUUCUCAAGUAACACAUUGGAUGAAUACCUGGAAAAUGAAGAGAAAAUUAUUGAUCAGCGUGCUGCUCUGUGCGUGAACAAAACAUCAAAAGUUGUAUGUCAAAUGCCUUCCAAAAGUUCCAGUUAUGUCCGCACGUUGGAUAGUGUAUUGAAAUCCCGGUCAUCCCAAGCUGAGUGUCGAGGGUCCCACACAUCCAAUCGAACUUCGGUUUCUCCGCAACCCAUUUCUGUUGGCUCUGUUUCCAAAAACACCAAGCAGAUUGAGAUGACAUUGGGACCUGUGACUAGCAUAAAGAAGUCUGCAAACAAUGCAAAGCCAAAAUCAGCAGCUAAAACCAGUUUGCGGCCGUCCUUUGCACCCACGAGACCUCCUCGAUUAUCCAAAAAGCAGAGAAAGUUAAUGAAUGUGGAGAAUGGUGCCCGCUGGGUUGGGAAACCAGGGACUUACAUCACAGAGGAGCGAGCAGAAGCAUCCCUUGUUACUCUGCUAACAGCAAAGGAAAGCAGGAAGGGAAAUAACAGUGGAACAGUUACAGCAAUCAAGUUGAACAAGUGUAGGAACUCUACUACCAUAGAAGCAAUGGACUCUGGGAAAUUGGACGGUUUCGAGAGCAAUUCAAUGUCCCCAAAUGCUGCUCAGCCAAGCAAAUGGAAGCAAAAAGAGAAGGCAGAUUCGCCGUUACACUGUGACAGUCCACAAGAAGAGACUACUGGUCUUCAGUCAGAAACACCACAAACAUCAGUGGAGACAAAGAAUACACUCAAACUGAUUGAAAUUAAUUCAUAUUGUAACUGGGAAUCAGAACGUUCCAAUAUUCUUGGAGUUCUUGCUCAAUAUACUGCCAAUAAGAGACCUUUGGAGAAAAUAAGAAUUGGAAAUUUCCUUGUUGAAAUUGUGUCAAAUUAUGGAAAAAGUCAAGAUCCUUCACCUGGAAGUGUGCUGAUUUCUAGCUCCGUGGUAAAGAUUUCCCAGUCCAGUGAAAAAGAGGGAAAUGGCAAAUACUCAGGUUGCAAUAUGUCUGUUCCAACCACCUCCCAAUCUCCUGGAAUCCAGCUGACUGAAACACCACCAAUUGCACCAAAAGAAACGUUACCAAGAUGUGCCAAAUUUACAGUGCAGGAAAAGGAGUUCACUGGAAAUGCCAAUGGUGAUACGAAGCUGACACGAGGACAGGUUGGAGCUCCUCAUCCAGUGAAUUGGGUGAUAGGUAACCGUAAAAAGAAAAAGCGUAAAAAGAAAAGGAAAAUAGUUGAACCAUUCAAGACGUCCUCCUCCAGUACGGUUGCAUCAUCUGCCUCUGCUCAUUUACCUUCUAAACAUCUGACAACUUGUUCCACAUCCUCUGGCAAUGAAGUUUUAAGAGAUAUCAAUGAUGCCACUCCUGUUAACCAGGCCAAAGAGGAUUAUACUUCUAACAAGUACACUCAUCCUGUAAUAAAUAAAGUUGGAGAAGUAUCGAAACAUCCUGAAACUUCCAACUCUACUCCUCCUGAUUUAUCUAAAGCCACAAAAUCUGACAGACCACAGCUCCUUUUGAUCCCAUUGCAGUCUACCUCUACUGCCCGGCCUGCACAGAAUCUGCAACUCACACCUGCUCAGAAGAUGAUACUGCAGCCCCUCAGGUGGCCAAGUGGGGAAGUCUUCCAAUACCCAAAUGGCCAGAUUAUCCAACUUGUGCCUCCACCAAAUCCUGGUGCAGUGAGUCGACGAAAUCUCCACCAAAAGGUCACUCUUGCUGUACGGAAUCCAGUUAGUGAGCUGGACGAUAAGUUCGAGGAUGCUUCUAUGGACCAUCAAAAUGCAUUAGAACGCCCUACUCAAGCAGAAUUGGUUGACCAUUCAUACACCAGUGAAGAACAGAUUAUGGAAGAAGAAAAUGAAAAUUCUGCACUGGAGAAUUCCACAAGAACUGGAAAAGGAAGUGAUGUUGAUAAAGAUUCUUCCCGAUCUAACCAUGACGUGGUUGAUAAGGAACCAGACGAAAUGCCCAGUAUGGAAGAGAAAAAUUGGUUGCAAGAUGAACAGGUGGAAGUGGAGAUUGAAGAUAAAAAAUGUUGGUUUAAAGCAAGUACAUUUAAUGUUCCACUUGAAAGGGAAGAAGUUAUGCAAAAAAAUCCAGAGAAUGAGGAACUAGACUUUCAUCAAAGAUUACUGCAAUAUGAAAACUUUCCAGUCUCUGAUAAAGAUAUUGCCUCUCAGAGUCAUCUGGAGGAUGGUGACAGUCGAAGUGAUGUAGAGGAAAUUGACGUUGAUAGAGUGUUCAACUUAACCUCCAGUGAAGAGGCAGUGGACAUCGAGACUGUGGAGGAACUCUCUGAGAAAAUCAACAUUGCUCAUCUUGUUGCUUCUGCCUCUCGUCUUAGAAGCAAAUCAAAAUGCCAUUUCCACAACCCAUAUGUUACAAAUAAAUCGAAUGAGGAGGAGGAGGAGGAGGAGGAGGAGGAGGGCGACAUCAAAUCCAAGCCAAAACAAAUUGCUGAUCUCGAUAAGGAAGCAAAAGAUCGGCUGGAUGCUCUGGUAGUGUAUCUGACCGCGCAGACAGGAAAUGAGCGGCGGAGGCGUUCUAAGAAGCGACACCUCUUUGAAAAGCUGAAGAAAACUUUGGCCAUUCGCGGGGAGGAGAAAGUUUCAAAAUACUUUAUCCUGAAGCAGGCAUUUGCAGAAAUCCAGAAUCUGCAGGAUUAUUCUGAUUGUUUAUCAGCUUGGAAAAGUAUCCAGACUCGCAGAAGGGAUUCUCUUAUUCGAAAAGUCUCUCUAUUGACAGGGAAAACUGAGGAAGAUAUUUUGAAGAAACUGGAAUAUAACUGCGCAAAGCAGAGAAGACUAGAUGUUGAGACGAGAACGUCCAUGCUGGAAGGAGAUGAUGCAAGUGAACAGCAUUCCGUCAGUUGGAAUACAGCAUCUAUAUCAUCAAUGGACUCUCUCCAGAAGGUGGCCAUGGAUUUGCAAAUCCAGAAACCACCCAAUGUCAUGAUGCUAUGUAGUGGUCAGGACUUAAUUUCUGAGGCUGGUCGAGCAAGACCUCUUAUUCUCACCAGGAAACAUUCAUCAACUCCCCAUAUGUAAUUUUGCCUUCUAUAGGUAGUAUAAUGUUUUUGUAUAAUUGCACGUUGUGGAAGCCACUUGGUGUAACACUUAUUUUCUCAUCUGUAGUUGGUAAACAAUAUUAAGCAAUUUCUAAAUACAGUGGUUGGA